AUUCCUUACCGGUGGGUGUUAAGUGCUGUGCGUGAAAUGACUACGGAAACAAAAAUGGAAGCGAGUGAAAACUUAGAGAAAAAUGGGGACAAAGGCAGAUUUCCGACCAUUGUAAUUUUCAUAAUCCUCACCGAGUUUUGCGAGCGACUAUCUUAUUCUGGGAUGAGAGCAUUCCUGACGCUGUAUUUACGAAGUAAGCUCGGAUAUAGUGACGAUGGCGCCACGGAAACCUACCACGUGUUUAGUACAUUCGUUUACGUGUUCCCAAUAGUGGGAGGUAUCGUAGCCGACAACUACUUGGGCAAAUACAGGACGAUAUUAUAUAUGAUGUUUGUAUACGCUGCUGGUAAUCUCUUGGUCGCAGUGACAGCAAUCCCUCAACUAGCCUUACCCGGCAGGCUCUGUACGUUAAUAGGUCUUUUCAUGAUAACAAUAGGGACGGGUGGAAUAAAGCCGUGUGUGACAGCCUUCGGCGGCGAUCAAUUCAAAUUGCCCGCGCAAGAAACUCAGUUGGCUGCGUACUUCAGUGUACUGUAUUUCAUCGUAUGUGCUGGAAGCUUACUGGCUAAAACAGUAUCGCCAAUAUUGAGAUCGGAGGUGCACUGUUUUGGCGAUAAAGAUUGCUACUCAUUAGCAUUCGGAGCGCCCGGUCUAGUUAUUUUAAUGUCUGUGGUUAUAUUCGUCAGUGCAAAAAGCCGUUAUAUUAUAAAGCAGCCAGAGGGUAAUGUUGUCUUGGAUUUCAUGAGAUGUAUUUCAUUAGGCAUCAAAAAUAUAAUCACGGGCAGAGGAAAACGGGAGAAAAACACUCAUUGGCUGAAUACCACGGAGAACCAUUUCGACAAAUUGUUUAUUAGGGACAUCAAGAAGACGUUGUCUGUACUCGCCCUCUUCUCAGUGUUGCCAGUGUUUUGGUCGUUAUUGGAUCAAAUGGGCUCCCGCUGGACCCUGCAAGCCACAAAGAUGGACGGCAGGUUGGGCUCCAUCACCAUAAAGCCGGAUCAGUUGCAAGUGCUGUGCCCGAUCAUAAUCCUCAUAGUAAUACCUCUAACACAAAAGUACAUUUAUCCAUAUUUGGAGAAGAGGAACAUUCUUAAGAACCCAUUACAGAAGUUAUCGCUGGGUAUGUUGUUGGCCGCGCUUUCGUUCAUAGUAGCCGGGGUCGUUGAAAUCUACAUUAGUAACACUUACCCGCAACUCCCGCGGUCGGGUUUCUCCCAAAUGAGGAUCUUUAAUGGGAAUAACUGUUCUAUAUCGAUACACGGUUCAUCUUUAAACAUUACGACCGUGAUUCCACCGCUUAUGAAGUAUAGCAAUAAAGAUAUAAGAAUUACUAAAUCGGAAAAUAUAGUGUUCGAUAUAAGCGGCAGUUGUAUCGAUAGAAGGAAAGAGUCAUUAUUUCUCGAAGAAAAUAAGGCCAUGUCAUUCUUUUUUGACGGAGAAGAAAUCAACAAUUUCACGGAUAAUGUUGACAAAAGCAGAUCUGGGCUUCCUGUUGUUAGAUUCCUCAAAACCCGCAGGACAUGGACAAACUUCACCCUAAUUAAGGGUAGCCUGGUAGAAGCGCACAUCGACUCUACAGUAUCGUCGCAGAUAGAAGUGUACGCUGGGAAGUAUGAUUUGCUGGCGGGCGGGAAAGUGGUCGCGACUGGUCUGGAGAUGUUGGGUGGGGGAGUUUAUACACUCCUGGUUGAUGACGACGGCGGUGAUUAUAGAUCCAAUCUAAUUGUGACUACUGACGCUAACUCCAUAACAAUGGCUCUGCUCCUCCCACAGUUUCUCAUUAUGUCCAUAGCUGAGGUUUUAUUCGCCGUGACCGGCAACGAGUUCGCAUUCAAAGAAGCACCGGACAGCAUGAAGGCGGUGAUGACGGCAUCCUGGCUGCUGACCGAGGCAGCCGGGAACAUCAUCAUCAUCGCCAUCACGCGCCUCAUGAGCGGCUACCGACAGGACACGCAGUUCUUCUUAUAUACGUGCCUGAUGCUCGUAUCGCUAGUCGUGUUUCACUACUUGUCGAAAGGGUACCAAUAUGGACACAGCACAGAGGAACAGCCGAAGAAAGAACGCAGGAGCAACAGCGAGAUCUUAUAUAUGCAGGUCAGGCAAGCAGAAGACUGUUUGGAUCAUUAAUUUAAUGGAAAAACUGAAUUAGUUAACAAAUGAAUAGUGAAUAGCUAAUUGUGUAAGAGAACAAUCUGUAUUUAAUAAGAAGCAAGAGAUCCGCUCUAUUUUGCACAGAUGCAAGACAUACCAAUUAAGACAAUGAAAAGCUGUUACAGAUUUUUUUGUUGUUAAAAACGAACAAUAAUCAAUACCGGUUCGACCAAAGUAUAUAACAAAAAUGUAGGUACAAAUACAAUGUUAGAUCAUAUUGAUGUAUUUUACAUAUAAGAAAACUCACUCAUAUAACAUGUUAUAUAAUCUGGCCGAACCCUAACAUGGGACAGCUGUACUGUUAAUUUUAUUUUAUUAAGGUAUUUUACCAUAAUUUAAGUAAUAAAUAUAAAAAAAAUAAUGUAUGAUAUGAACCUUUUCUUAAUUACUAUAGCACAGAACAAAUCUGAGUCAAUUUUCAUUUAUAUAAAUUGUAAAAGGAAAUCUUUUGUUAUUUAUUUUUGUUAUAGUCAAUUAAUUAACUUUACGAUUAUUCUACUUAAUUACAACCGCGUUACGUGCUUUAUGCCGUACCGUAAUAUUUUAAAUAUCUGAAAUUUUGGAAUUGACUUUUAAUAAUAAUGAACCAAUUCUGUUAAAUAACUAAAUUAUUGUAAAUGAAAAAUGAUCGCAUUUUUUUUGAGAAAAUAUGGCUAAGUUCAGGUCUAUCUUGUUCUAUCGAUGUUCUUAAUAAUUCUUUAAUAUAAGUAGAUAAAUAAAAAAAAAAAUCAACGGGUUUAUUAGUUAUUUAUAAUAUUAGUGCGGUAAGUUGGUUAUUACAAACGAGUUCACGAAAUCGAGGGUUUACCAUAGUCACGAGUUGGUUAUACCUAUUCCACACGAAUGUCGUACAACGUUUUUGAACACAUUUGCGAGAACAGUACCCUUAGCACAAACCAAUAUCGAAUUCGUAACGUUUGCGAGUCCGAAAUGUCAUCGUCAAAUGUGUACUGUACCCGUAGCACGAACCAAUAUCGAAUUCUAAUCGAAAUCGAGCCCGAAAUGUCAUUGUCAAAUGUGUAUUGAUUUUUAGUUCUGUUUACGUACUUUGUGCCGCUGCUGUGCAAGUUUCCGUACAAAAUUUGACAUUGACAUUUCGGUUUGCAAACUAUUCGAAUUCGAUAAUGGUUCGUGCUAGGGGUACAGUAUACUUAGCUUAUUAAAGUAAUGAAGCCAAUUUCCACACUCUAAUAAUUGUCUUUAGUGCAUGCCGUGGCAGCCUAUAAUUAAGAUGUAACUUUGAAAUAUCAUUUAUAAAUUGUUGUUAUACUAUAUUAUAAGUGGAUAAUCUUGUUGGUUGUGCCUAUAUAAAUAAAAUAAAAUAAAAUAAAUGAAACUUUUUCUAAUAAAAAAAUGGCUCGCAUUUCCAAAUGGCGCCACACACACCCACAGGUGAAAAUUAGAACUAUGUAUACCUUUCGUCGCUGUAUCUUUUUAGUAUUUAAGUGAGACAAAGGUUUAAAAGGAGAUUAAAAGCCAGUUCGACCGAAAUUAAAAAUACACUGUUAAAGAUACGCACAGCGCCAUGUAUGGCAGCGUGCGGUAAAUUUU